AGUCGGGUUCGGGCCAAGCGGGGUAAACAACGAGUGAGAAAGGUCGUGUGGUGUCGUGUCAGUGCACGGCUGUCUCAAAAAAUCCGUCGAACGAACAUUUUUUUUUAAUUAUUUUGUUUCACUAUCGAGCAGCUUAACGAGCAUACAUUCGUGCGAUUAGAGAAAUUAGUAUGAUAAGCACCGACGGCUAUAAUAACAUCGACCAGUACGGUGGCGACGAAAAUUACAUGGAACAGGAAGAAGAAUGGGAGCGAGAGGGACUCCUCGAUCCCGCUUGGGAAAAACAACAGAAAAAGACGUUCACGGCGUGGUGUAACAGCCACCUGAGGAAGGCAGGCACCGGCAUCGACAACAUCGAGGAGGACUUCCGCAACGGCCUCAAGCUGAUGCUGCUGCUCGAGGUGAUCUCCGGAGAGACGCUGCCCAAGCCCGACCGCGGCAAGAUGCGCUUCCACAAGAUCGCCAACGUGAACAAGGCCUUGGACUACAUCGCCAGCAAGGGCGUCAAGCUGGUGUCCAUCGGGGCGGAAGAAAUCGUCGACGGCAACUUGAAGAUGACCUUGGGCAUGAUCUGGACCAUCAUCCUGCGCUUCGCCAUCCAGGACAUCUCCGUGGAAGAGAUGACGGCCAAAGAAGGACUGCUCCUCUGGUGCCAACGCAAGACGGCGCCCUACAAGAACGUCAACGUCCAGAACUUCCACUUGUCCUUCAAGGACGGACUCGCCUUCUGCGCGCUCAUCCACCGCCACCGGCCCGAUCUGAUCGACUAUAAUAAGUUGUCCAAGGACAAUCCGUUGGAGAAUCUGAACACUGCCUUCGACGUGGCCGAGAAGUAUCUGGACAUUCCGAGGAUGUUGGAUCCUGACGACUUACAAAAUACAGCUAUGCCAGAUGAAAGAGCAGUUAUGACGUAUGUGUCAUCCUACUACCAUCGUUUCUCUGGUGCACAAAAGGCUGAGACUGCUGCCAACAGAAUCUGCAAGGUCCUCAAAGUCAACCAAGAAAAUGAACGCCUCAUGGAAGAAUACGAACGCCUUGCCAGUGACCUGCUUGAAUGGAUCCGGCGCACCAUGCCGUGGCUGGCCUCCCGUCAGACGGACAACUCGCUGGCCGGCGUGCAGAAGAAGCUCGAGGAGUACCGCACGUACCGACGCAAGCACAAGCCGCCGCGCGUCGAACAGAAGGCCAAGCUCGAGACCAACUUCAACACGCUGCAGACCAAGCUGCGGCUGUCGAACCGACCGGCGUACAUGCCUACCGAGGGCAAGAUGGUGUCGGACAUCGCCAACGCGUGGAAAGGACUCGAGCACGCCGAAAAAUCCUUCGAGGAAUGGCUGCUCUCCGAGAUGAUGCGCUUGGAACGUCUGGAGCACCUCGCGCAGAAGUUCAAGCACAAGGCCGAUGCACACGAGGACUGGACCGGCGGCAAGGAGGAGAUGCUGCAGUCGCAGGACUUCCGCCAUUGCAGGCUCAACGAGCUGAAGGCGCUGAAGAAGAAGCACGAGGCGUUCGAGUCGGACCUGGCGGCUCAUCAGGACAGGGUCGAGCAGAUCGCCGCCAUCGCGCAGGAACUCAACACCCUGGAGUACCACGACAGCGUGACCGUAAACGCGCGUUGCCAGCGCGUGUGCGACCAAUGGGACCGCCUGGGAGCGCUGACGCAGCGUCGCAGGCAGGCUCUGGACGACGCGGAGCGCAUCCUCGAGAAGAUCGACAUCCUGCAUCUGGAGUUCGCCAAGCGAGCAGCGCCGUUCAACAACUGGCUGGACGGCACUCGCGAAGAUCUGGUGGACAUUUUCAUCGUACACACUGUGGAAGAGAUACAAGGACUCAUCGAUGCUCACCAUCAUUUCAAGGCAACUCUAGGAGAGGCUGACAAAGAAUACCAAAGCAUUGUAGGACUAGUUAAAGAAGUCGAAUCUAUUGUCAAACAACACCAAGUUCCUGGAGGACUAGAGAAUCCCUACACAACAUUGACAGCUCACGACUUGACCAGGAAAUGGGGAGAAGUUAGGCAGUUGGUACCUCAGAGAGAUGCCACACUACAAGCCGAACUCAGAAAGCAACAGAACAACGAGAUGCUCAGACGGCAAUUCGCCGAGAAGGCCAACGCGGUGGGGCCGUGGAUCGAGCGCCAGUUGGACGCCGUCACUGCCAUCGGCAUGGGGCUGCACGGCACGCUCGAGGACCAGCUGCACCGGCUCAAGGAGUACGAGCAAGGCGUGUACGCCUAUAAGCCGCAUAUCGAAGAGCUGGAGAAGAUCCACCAGGCGGUGCAGGAGAGCAUGAUCUUCGAGAACAGAUACACACAAUACACUAUGGAAACUCUCAGAGUCGGAUGGGAACAACUGUUGACCUCGAUCAACCGCAACAUCAACGAAGUCGAGAACCAGAUCCUUACUCGCGACUCGAAGGGCAUCACUCAAGAACAACUCAAUGAGUUCAGGUCGUCGUUCAACCACUUCGACAAGAACAGGACGGGCCGCCUCACCCCCGAGGAGUUCAAGUCCUGCCUGGUCUCUCUGGGCUACUCGAUCGGCAAGGAUCGGCAGGGCGACAUCGACUUCCAGCGCAUCCUGGCCGUCGUCGACCCGAACAGUACUGGCUACGUGCACUUCGACGCCUUCCUGGACUUCAUGACCAGGGAGAGCACCGACACGGACACGGCCGAGCAAGUGAUCGACAGCUUCCGUAUUCUGGCCGCCGACAAGCCUUACAUCUUACCUGACGAACUGAGACGAGAACUGCCCCCUGACCAAGCGGAAUACUGUAUCCAGCGCAUGCCUCCCUUCAAAGGCCCCAAUGGAGUUCCUGGAGCCCUGGACUACAUGUCCUUCUCGACAGCUCUGUACGGAGAAUCCGAUCUCUAACAAGUUUUUUUUCUUCAGAAAUUCACACCAAACGUACUCGCGGUGAUAUUAUAAGCCAUAUUAGGGUUGUCUGUAUCAUAUCCUAACGCCUUAACUUAAUCAUCCGUUCGUCAUACGAAUACCUUUCUUAUUUUGAUUUUUAACGCGUUUUCACAUAUCAGUGUUAGUGUUUUAAGUCAUCUAUAAGGAUUAUCAUAUGGGCGGAAUCGCCGAUACCGAGAAAGUUUCAAUCGAAAUUGAUAGUUCAAACGUUAGAAUUGUUAUUGAAUUCGUCUAGUAGUCAUUACCAGCUGGAAACACGAUGAGCUUUGGAAUAUCUACAAUAAUAUACCACCAACUGGAGAUUUUAGCUGAGAGUUUGUUUGCCAUGAAAUUGAUAUAAGUACACAUAUCUUGGAAAAAUCAACAAUGAUUCCAGCCAAAUUCAAUAAUUUGUCCUAAUAUGGUUGGACUACAGUAUCCAGCAUAAUUUAUAUAGCUGGUUGAAAUUUUUAAUUUUCUGCUUCGUAUUUCCCGAUUUUUUCAUUUGGAGAAUGAAUAGAUUAUUUUAUUUUGUCCUAAUUUAUUACGUACUUGUUUGCAAGUGCUCAGAUAUUUAUUUAUUUACUUAAGCUUGAAGUGUACAGAUUUUAUUUUAGGUAAAUGCUCUUUAUUGCCGUAGACUGUAAGCUCAACAUUUUCUCUUAGUUCAAACUCGAAUGUAAUAAAGAGCUUUUAUUGUUAUAUAUUUUUUGGUUGGAGUUUAUUAUUUAAUAGAUUUAAGAAACAACAUAUUUUUGCCCAAAGUAUAUACUAACUUAUAAUGAGUAUCCGUCGAAGAAUGAAAUAUAUUGAUCC